GACACAGGAGAUCGCCGCCACUAGCAUAGCAAGCUACGGAGCUAACUAUAUGGCUCUCCAAUUUACACAUUGUAACUUCAGAAAGUGUUUCAGACAGAGUGGAGAAGAAGGACAAAAUGUACGAGAGUACAGUAUACACACAGCAACAGACUGAACAGUGCUGGAGAUCACAGAGGGACACUGGGAUCACCGCAACCAAAAAAGAAGACCGACUGAGAGAUGGCAACACCAAAAAACACUCCUCGCGGUGCAAGCAACAAUCCCCUCUCCCCCAACCGCAUCACCCGUCUCCAAGAGAAGGAGGACCUGUGCAACCUCAAUGACCGCCUGGCCGUCUACAUCGACAAGGUCCGGUCUCUGGAGGCCGAGAACGCGGGCCUGCGUCUGCGGAUCACCGAGUCCGAGACGGAAGUCUCACGGGAGCUGACGGGCCUCAAGGCAGCCUACGAGUCGGAGCUGGCUGAUGCCCGUCAGACUCUGGACUCCGUGGCCAAGGAGCGUGCACGUCUGCAGCUGGAGGUGGGCAAGCUGCGAGAGGAAUACAAGGAGCUCAAAGCAAGGAACACAAAAAAAGAAUCAGAUCUGGCAGCAGCAUUGCAGAGGCUCAAAGACUUGGAGGCCUUGCUGAACUCGAAGGACGCCUCUUUGACGACAGCGCUAGGAGAGAAGCGCAGCCUCGAGACGGAAAACAGGGACCUUAAGACACAGGUUGCCAAGCUUGACACCAGCCUGGGUGAAGCCAGAAAGCAGCUGCAGGAUGAGAUGCUGAGGAGGGUGGAUGGAGAGAACCGCAUCCAGACCCUCAAAGAGGAACUGGACUUCCAAAAGAACCUCCAUUCCGAGGAGCUGCGUGAGACAAAGCGACGCCAUGAGUCUCGUAUGGUCGAGUUGGACAACGGCCACCAGCAAGACUUUGAAAGCAAACUGGCGGAGGCCUUGAUGGAGAUGCGUAGCCAGCAUGAGCUACAAGUUAAGCUCUAUAAGGAUGAGCUGGAGAAGACUUACAAUUCAAAGCUGGAAAGUGCACGUCAGUCAGCAGACAGGAGCAGCCAUCUGGUAGGUGCAGCGCAUGAGGAGCUGCAGCAGACACGCAUCCGCCUGGAGUCCACCUCGGCUCAGCUCAGCCAGCUGCAAAAACAGCUUGCAGCUCGUGAGGCAAAGGUGAGAGACCUAGAGGAAGCCCUGUCCCGAGAGCGGGACACCAUGCGGCGCCUUCUGGGAGAGAAAGACCGAGAAAUGGCCGAGAUGAGGCAGCAGAUGCAGCAGCAGCUGGAUGAAUAUCAGGAGCUUCUGGAUGUCAAGCUGGCUUUGGACAUGGAGAUUUGUGCCUACAGGAAAUUACUGGAGGGAGAGGAGCAGAGGCUGCGUCUCUCCCCAAGUCCACCGCCGACGAGACUGGCAGGAAGUCGCUCCUCGACUGCAAGCCACUGCAUCUCUCCCGCCAAGAGACGGCGCCCCAACGACACGGACAGCGAGGCCUCGAGCUUUGCUGGCGGCGCUGUGGCUCGCACCCGCAUUACCCAGCAGGCCUCUGCCAGUGGACGCGUCACUGUGGAUGAAGUGGACCUAGAAGGGAAAUAUGUCCGACUCAGCAAUAAAGCAGACGAGGAUCAAAAUUUGGGGAACUGGCAGGUAAAACGACAAGUGGGAUCCGGUGCUGCAAUCGCAUUCAAGUUUCCCGCAAAGUUCGUCUUGAAGGCCGGCCAGAGAGUCACUAUCUGGGCGGCUGGUGCUGGUGGAAACCACAACCCUCCUUCCGACCUGGUGUGGAAGACACAACCCAACUGGGGCACCGGAGACCAGUUCCAGACCACCCUGAUCAGUGCUAAUGGAGAGGAAAUGGCAAUGAGGAAGGUCACUCGCACACACUUUGAAGAAGAUGAUGAUGACAUGCAGGUGGCUCACAGCACCUGUGGGGACAGCGAAUACAACCUGCGUAGUCGCACGGUGGUGUGCGGCUCCUGCGGCCUCCCCUCGGACAAGUCCAACAACUGCUCCGCCGUGUCUUCAGCUUCCCGCUCCUUCCGCAGCGGUGGCAUCUCAGAGGGUUUGCUGCCCCAUUCCUACGUGUUCAGCACCAGCACGCCUCGCAAGAGUGGAAGAACUGAGAAAUGUCCAAUCAUGUGAGCUCCUGGAGGACCAACAUUGUUCAUUUUUGAUACCAGUUCAAUUAUGAUUAUGAUACUUUGAUAUAAUCCUUACAUAUAAUCUGCAGAAUCUGUAUACCGCCUUUUUAUAAUGUACAUAGGCAAGCUUUGACAUACAGUAUUGUUUCUUUUAUAUAAAUCACUUAUAGAUGGAAAUGUAUGGAAGCCCGUUUCCACCACUGAAUUUUUUUUUUUUUUUUUUUUACCAAUG